AUGAACAGCAGCAAGGUGGAUAGACUCAGCCAUAGUGGUGAUGAGUACAUUGUAGGAAGAGAAGAAGAACUAGAUGAGGAACAGAUUGUUGUUGAGUCAGCCUAUUCACUAAGUAUCGGCAACAACUCGAUGGCAUAUAAUCCAUUUCCUGCUGUCAAUUUCGUUGCUUGUCAGCUUUGUGCACUCUUGGCUGCAUUUUGGUUUCGCUUGUACUUAAAGCCUAGUCAAGCCAACUCCAGCGUUCGUCAUGCAUUUGCCACAAUUUUGGGAAUAUAUUUUGCCCUCUUCUGCUUUGGUUGGUACUCCAUCCAUAUUUUUACUUUAGUGAUGAUAAGUUAUUUCAUCAUGAACAUGGCCAGUAUUUCCAACAUUCAUAGGACAAGACCUUCCCUAUUAGAGUAUUUGAGUUAUCAGCUCAACUUCAUGAGUAUUAUUGCUGGCCCAUGCAGCAAUUUUAAGGAUUAUAUAGAUUUCAUCGAAGGGAGACACGUGCAGAUGAAGUUAUUGAAGUCCGGUUGGAAACAGAGGAGUUGCGAUAGUUUUCCUGAUCCUUCUCCAGUGGGAGCCAUCCUACAGAAACUUGCUAUCACGCUUCUAUCUAUGGUAGUGUUUUUGACGCUUACCAAGACCUUCCCAGCCACUUACAUUGUUGACGAUCAAUUUAUGAAUCAAUCUUCAUUCUUGACGAGGCUUGGUUUUCUAUAUGUUGUCAUGCAAGCCUCAAAGCCCAAAUACUACUUCGCUUGGACACUUGGUAAGAUUCGUUUUAAGAUGUAUGAUACAGUAAUAAACUCAGAUAUAAUUGCAUGUAACCUGCAUAUUUAUACAUUUUCUUUUUCUAAUUUUCUUCUCAGUGUAUGUUAUGAUCGGACUUCUUGGUAUCCUACAGCCUUAACGUUUCUUCUCUCAGCUCUUUGGCAUGGUGUUUAUCCUGGAUAUUAUUUUACAUUUACCACUGGCAUCUUUAUGACACUAGCAGCCAGAAGAGUUAGGAACAAUUGUCGACCUGUCUUCAUCUCAUCCAAACUGCUCAAGGUGGGCUAUGAUAUGGUCACCUGGUUUGCAACCCAGCUAUCGGUGUGCUAUACUGUGGCACCCUUUGUUCUUCUUGCUGUUGAGCCAACAAUUAAAUUAUACAA